AUGAACACAGUUCCGGUCAGAAACGGGAGCGUGAGGAACAGCUCGGUGGACCAACGCUCUUUCCUCGAGACCGACCCGCCGCUGCCUCUAGAGCCGGCCGAGCUGCGCGUGCUGAUCCCGGUGAUCCUCGGGGUCCUGUGCGUGCUGGGGCUCGCGGGCAACGUCACCGCCACGGGCGUCCUGAUCAGCAGCGCGCGCAAGGCGAAACUCUCGCUCAUCAACGCGCUGCUGCUCAACCUGCUGCUCGCCGACGGGCUCGUGCUGGCGCUCGUGGUCCCGUCCAAGGCGGCGGUGCUCUCCUCGCGGGUCGGCUGGCCGCUGGGCUGGUUCGCGUGCAAGACGGGCGAUUGGCUCGUGCAGACGUGUUUGGCGGCCAAGAGCGUGACGCUGGCGGUGAUGUCGGGCGCGUGCCACCGCUACGUCAGCAACCCCAGCCGUGUGGUCAGCGUGCGUCCUGGUUGCCUGGCGCUGCUGCUGCCGUUGCUAUGGGCGACGGCCGGUUGCCUGGCGCUGCCCGCUGGACUCUACGCCACGCUGGCCGGUGAGGGGGGGGUGCGGGCGUGUGUGUGGCGGGUGCCCAUGCCAGCGCGGCGUGUCAUGUGGGCGUACACACACGCGUACCCGCUGCUGGCCUACUGCUGCCCGCUGGGCAUCGCCGUGACGAUGUUCUGCCGCGCCUACUGCCAGAGCCGUCGCCGUGGGAGCAAGGCCCAUAGCAACCUGCGCGCGCAGAUCCGCUCACGCAAGCUCACGCUCACGCUGCUGGGACUCACCGUUACUAUGGCAACGCUCUGGCUCCCGCGCUGGCUGUGGUGGGUGUGGCCUAACGGCGGAGGGCGUGGCCUAUACCUGGCGGCCGAGCUGUUGCCCCUGGCGAUGUCGCUGGUGGACCCCGCGCUCGUGCUGGCGCUCAGCGAGGAGUUCCGCCACGGUUACCGGUCGCUAUGGAGACGGCUGACGCUGCGCCAAGCCCCGCCCCCUGCCAAGCCGAAGCCCAACCCCCACACGCCGACCGCACCCACCUCUCCGAGGCCCCGCCCAGAAACCUCCCUGCCGCCCGCCGAAACGCAGCCUGCGGAGUCCCCGUCUGCAGACGGAGUGUUACCCGACGUGGAGCAGUUCUGGCACGAGAGAGAGAACACCUCACACACCGACAACAACGACCCCAUACCCUGGGAACACAACUAA